ACAUUUAAAUAACGAUAAAAUAAUUGGAUAUAUAGUUUAAGCUCUUGUUACAGUCACCCUUCAUCUCUUCCGAGACCUCUCCAUUCCCAUUCCCAUUCCCAUCAAGAAAAUGGAGAUCACAAACGUUACCGAAUAUGAUGCAAUCGCAAAGGAGAAGUUGCCUAAGAUGGUAUAUGACUACUAUGCGUCUGGUGCAGAGGAUCAGUGGACUCUUCAAGAGAACAGAAACGCUUUCGCUAGGAUCCUCUUCCGGCCUAGGAUUCUGAUUGAUGUGAGCAAGAUUGAUAUGACAACAACCGUCUUGGGUUUCAAGAUCUCCAUGCCAAUCAUGGUUGCUCCUACUGCCAUGCAGAAGAUGGCUCAUCCUGAAGGGGAAUAUGCUACGGCUAGAGCUGCGUCUGCUGCUGGAACCAUCAUGACACUUUCUUCAUGGGCUACUUCCAGCGUUGAAGAAGUUGCUUCCACAGGGCCAGGGAUCCGAUUCUUCCAGCUCUAUGUAUACAAGAACAGGAAAGUGGUUGAGCAGCUCGUGAGAAGAGCCGAGAAGGCAGGGUUUAAAGCCAUUGCUCUCACUGUAGACACCCCAAGGCUAGGUCGCAGAGAGUCUGAUAUCAAGAACAGAUUUACUUUGCCUCCAAACUUGACAUUGAAGAACUUUGAAGGUCUUGACCUCGGAAAGAUGGACGAGGCCAAUGACUCUGGCUUGGCUUCAUAUGUUGCUGGUCAAAUUGACCGUACCUUGAGUUGGAAGGAUGUCCAGUGGCUCCAGACAAUCACUAGCAUGCCGAUUCUUGUCAAGGGUGUUCUUACAGGAGAGGAUGCAAGGAUAGCGAUACAAGCUGGAGCAGCAGGGAUCAUUGUGUCAAACCAUGGAGCACGCCAGCUUGACUAUGUCCCAGCCACUAUCUCAGCCCUUGAAGAGGUUGUCAAAGCGACACAAGGACGAGUUCCUGUCUUCUUAGAUGGUGGUGUUCGACGUGGAACUGAUGUCUUCAAGGCACUUGCACUUGGAGCUUCCGGGAUAUUCAUUGGUAGACCCGUGGUGUUCUCACUUGCCGCUGAAGGAGAAGCUGGAGUCAGAAAAGUGCUUCAAAUGUUACGCGAUGAGUUCGAGCUAACCAUGGCGUUAAGUGGGUGCAGGUCUCUCAGUGAGAUCACUCGCAACCACAUUAUCACCGAGUGGGAAACUCCACGCCAUUUGCCCAAGUUAUAGAGAGGCAAACAAACAAGAACCAACAUACCAGAGAACAGCAACAACACAGAGCUAUGCAAAUGGAUUAUAAACCUAUUGAUAUUCUUGUGAUUGAUCACUUUGGCUAUUUAUUUCAAAAGACUUGUCUCUCCUUGUAUCCAAAAUACAAAACAAUGACUAGAGAUUCCCUGUAAUGCUAUUUGCCUACUUCUACCUUCAGUCC